AUGUUGCGUUCACUAGCCACGUAUGGCAUCCUCGUUGUCGUCAUCUGUGCGCUUGCCAUCGUGGCCAUCGCCGUGCUGCUCCUCAGGCGCAAGUAUUGUCGUCGGCGCUGUCAGCAGCCCGAGCUCGCCUUCCGCGACACGCGACUCUCGUCCAACUACUCGCGGGUCGAAGAGAACCACCCGGUGGAGUACCGCAUCUCGCUCUCGGUUCAGGUUGACGGGACGGCGUUCUCGCACCAACUGGAUUCGCUCAAAACGUAUCGGUGCCCGAUCAAAGACCUCAAGAAGCUCAAACUUUUAACGGCGCCGACGCAGACGACGACCACAUAUGCUGCGCGCAUCGGCACCGACCGCGUCGACUGCACCGUGCUGACGCCCUGUGCGUCAUCCCUUGUCAUGCACACGCACUUGCGCGGCCUUUUGCCGUCGCCGUCGCUCCUCGAUCUCGCGCUCUUGACCGAACCCAUGGCGUAUGGAUCGCUAGCGACCGUCUUCAACGACCCGCGUCUGAACAAGUACUUGCACUGGACGAGCAGCAAUGCUCUCAUGGUGCCCAAGACGACGAUGGCGCGCAGCGUGGCGGCGGCCGUCGCCUACCUCCACGAGAAGAACGUCGUGCACAACGCCAUCUCGAUUGACACCGUGUUUGUAUCGAGCACGUGGCACAUCAAGCUGGGCGGUCUCGAACAAAGCGCGAGCGUUGGCGCCGACGACGCGGCGCGCAGCACCAAAGCGGCCGAUGUGUACCUUCUCGGGCGCUUCUUCCAAGCGCUCGACUUGUCCAAUGCGGGCGAGCCCUCGGAUGGAAUGCCCGACUAUAUCCAAACCCUUACGACGGCGUGCCUCCGAGCUAACCCGUUGGAGCGGCCGACCGCCGACGCUGUCGUCGCCUGGCUAUCGACCAACGGUCGCGUGACCGAGAGUGCCAGCGACAUUGCCGUUGAAGCGGAUGCUACUACACCGUAA